UGCAAGGAAAUAAAUAUUAGUAAUGGCAGCCGGUGUGUGGUCAAAGGGCGUUGAUAUACGAGCAUAAAGCAAAAUAGUUGUGAUUUUCCCUUGCAUUUAAGAGUUUGUAGAAAAUGCAUUCGCUUCUUAGCUUAUUAGUUACCUUUUGCACCUUAAAUCUGGUUUUAACUUUCGAGACUGCACAUCUGAGCACUUUUCCACCCCCUUAUUGGCUGCCAAACCACCAUGUUCUCCAAAAAAGAAGUUUGGACACCAAAAAACUAAUAGAUGAAGAGAGCUGUGCCGAUGACAUCAAGCGCAUUUGCGGUGUCCUUCCACCAGGCACAGAUGACCUCACCGUCCUUGAGUGCAUUCAGACCUACAAGCCAGUUGACGGUUCAGAACUGAAUGAGCAGUGUCAGCAUUCCGUUUGGUCGCACACUGUCAGCUUGCUUGGAGACUCAGGUAUCAAAGAGGCUACGCAGAGAGCUUGCUCCAUUGAACUUGGUGAAAUACUGUCGAAAUGCGACAGCGACUCAGAAAACACUCUGGGCUGCUUGCUGGAACACAAAGAUGAAUUGCAGAGUGUCCCUUGCAAAGCUUUCAUCCAGAGGAUUGGUUACAUAGCAUUUUCCGACUAUAGACUUCUUCCAAAGCUGACAAACAAAUGUCAGAAAGACAUUGAUAAGCACUCAUGCGGACGUUUGCAGUCAGGAUCGCUGUCGCAAGGAAAAACCUUGGCGUGUCUCCAAACGCACCUUGAUGAUUUGGAUUCUGAUUGCCACAGGCAUGUGCUCAAAAUUUCCGAGCAGCAGGCGGACGACAUCAAACUCGACAGGCAACUCUUCCUUGCCUGCGCUGCUGACCUUAACACCCUGUGCCCGAAUAUUCCCACUGGCACAAGUCAAGCUUACAAAUGUCUCAUGCACCGGAGAUUAGACAGAACUAUGAGCAGGAUGUGUGCGGAACAGUUGGCUCGAAGGCAAAAGUUGAUCUCUGCGGAUUUCAAAGUCAGCAGGGGUUUAGCGAGAGCUUGCAAGGACGACAUUAGGACCUACCAUUGUCGCAGGGACGUUUCUGACGACAAAGACAUCCGACUUUCUCAGAUACUGCUGUGUCUUGAAGGAGCCAUGCACAAUGGAAGUAAAGUGUCGCUUGAUUGCCAGCAAGAAAUGUUGGAUCACAGGAAAAUCUUGCUGGAGGACUUCCAUCUCAGCCCUGAAAUAGUUUCUGGCUGCGCUGAAGACAUUAAGAAGUUUUGUGAUAACGGUGUUCAGGUCGGUGGAAAAACGAUCCACUGCUUGAUGGAGCACACAAGAGUCAAGAAGAAGAAGGAGAGAAUCAGCCCACAGUGCCAGCGAGCUCUUGAAAUGCUUGUCCAAGAAACUGACGCUGGGGAGGACUGGAGGGUAGACCCCAUCUUGAGAGAAGCGUGCCAACCAGUGGUAGAUGCUGAGUGCUCCAACGUCAGAGGCGGUGAUGCAAGGGUGAUCACCUGCCUGAUGUCUCGUAUUGGGACCAAGAAUAUGAGAGCCGCGUGCGAGGCAGCCCUCCUGCAGAUCCAGUUCUUCGUCGCCCGUGACUACAAACUAGAUCCGCCCCUCUAUAGAGAGUGCCGAGAAGACGCGAUCAAGAGCUGUCACGCCAAGAAAUCGUGGUCUGACGACCCCAACCAUAUGGAUCCGCAGAGAGGACCCCUUGUUCUCCCCUGCUUGUACAGACUCGCCAACCAAGAUGACAAUGCUGUGGUCAAGCUGAAGUCGAGCUGCGAAGAGGAGUUGAGGAGAGUCAUGCGCCAGAGAGCUGUGAGCGUGGACCUUGAGCCGGACGUGCAGGAUAAUUGUCUCGAUGAUUUGGCCUAUCUGUGCCCUCUUAAAACUGGGCGUGGCGAGGAGACCCAAUGUCUGCAGGAUAACCUUGAUAAGUUAAUUUCAAAAUGCAAGGAUGCAAUUAUUAAUUUGACAGAACAGCAAGCAGAGCAUAUUGAGUUGAACCCUAUCAUUUCUGAAAAUUGCGCUGAGGUUUUGAAAAAGCAUUGCGAGCAAGAGAUGAAGGAUGGAAAGGACGAAGGAGAUCUCAUCGAAUGCUUAAUCAAGCAUAAAAAUGAACCAGAAGUGCGGCAAGAGCACUACAAGUGCAGAGCUGCUGUAGAGCAUUUUCAACUAAUCUCUAUGAAGAAUUACAAAUUCACGUUUAAGUUUAAGCAGGCUUGUAAGCCAUAUGUCGCGAGGCAUUGCUCAUUGGCUAUGUCAAAAGCUGAUGUGAUCACGUGCUUGAGUGAAAUAGUCAGGAAUGCGACUCUGCUGGACCAGAAGCACGCCAUCAGCAGGGAUUGCCGUCAGCAGCUGAGAGCUCAGCUUUUGCAGCAGCACGAAAACAUUGAGUUUGAUCCCAAGCUGAAGGCAGCUUGUGGCAGAGACAUUGAGGAGCAUUGCAGUAAUGUGGUUGCUGGUGGUGCUCAGGUACUGGAAUGCCUUCAAAAGGCGAGGAAAGUGCUCAGUCCUGUUUGCCACAAGUCGAUUUUCAAAGUGGAGAGGCAGCAACUGACUGACAGUGCUGUCGAUUACGCUCUGUUGAAUGGAUGCCAACACGACAUCAGCCACUUCUGCCAUGACGUCUCUCUGUCCCAGGCGCUCGAGUGUCUCAAGCAAUACAAAAAUGAGGCUGGGUUGGACCCCAAGUGCCGUGCGCUCAUCCUACGCAGAAUGGUGGAGCAGAGCGAAGACUACAGGCUCAACCCUGCCCUGCAGCAGUCGUGCCGGGCGGAAAUCCGCAGCCUGUGCUCUGACGUCAUUGCCCGGGAGCCAGCAGACCAAGAGCUCGAGGGAAAGGUCGUCAAAUGUCUGAAGGGUAAAUACAGGGAAAAGAAGCUCUCCGUGUCCUGUGCGCGUCAGAUAACAGAAAUCAUGCGAGAGGCAGCCCUGAAUUACAAACUGAAUCCAAGCUUGGCCAGAUCCUGCAAGUCUGAGAUCAACAGUCAGUGCCGACCUUCCGGUGCUUCCAAUGGCGAUGAAGGGGGAGAGGCUUCUGAAGAGGAUAUUGAGGACGGAACUGGAUCUGUUGAGGAGUGCCUCAAACAGCUGCUCAGCAAGAAUAAAAUCACCAGUCCUGCGUGUCGCCUGGAGGUCGCGUCGUUGGUCGAGGAGGAGAAAGUGGACAUCCACACUGAUCCACUGUUGCACCAGGCCUGCAAGGUCGACUUGGAGAAAUUCUGCGCUGAUGUUGUAGCUGGUGGAGGGAAACAAAUUGAAUGCCUUCAGUCGUAUUUGCAAGACACCAGGAGAGUUUUGGAGCCAAAGUGCAAGAGCAUGUUGUUGGGAAGAAUGGCUAUGUUCCGAAGUGCUGAAAUGAUCAUUGCACCAGAAAACAUGCAAGAGCUCUACCAAAGUGUGGCCCACUCAAAAGAAAAGCAUUUCUUCCUGGUUGUGUCCCUUGCGUUUUUCGGAACCAUCUUCUUCUUUGGAAUGUUCUGCGGCAGAGUGACUCGCCGGCACACGGCAAUGAAAAACAAGUAAAGUAAGUGGCUGUUACUGUCAAUUCAUAGAAGGCCCACUGCUUGAUAAGAUCACUCAGGCCAAAAUCAAAUUUAUCUUCCAGGUUGAUUGCUAUGUAAUGGUAUUAUGUUUAUUUAAAAAGUAGAAUCUUAAAAUUAAUUUACUUUUUAUGUAAGAGCAAUACAGCGAAAUAAUAUUUGAAACCCCUUGGUGCCAUGAAUCAACCUUAAUAUUAUGUCAAUCAUAUCAAGCCACUGGAGGCAACUGUAAAAAUCAGCAGUGGGUCGUUCUAAAGAUUGUGGUCUUGUCCUCGGAUUCUACUUGCAAAAUUAUUUUUAUAGAGUAUAAUAAAAACAUACACCUUUACUUUUCUUUGGAACUAUAUUGUGCGUUAGACUGAAUUUUAAAGCUGGCGGAAGCUAGUAGAAUCGGUGGACAAACCCCUCUGCGCCGGUUCACCAGACACUGAUUUGGGGAACACGCCGUCUCUUGAUUUUCAAAGACAAUCAAACCUUUUGUUCCCUGGUGGAUGGUGGCGCAGCGCACAUUCAAAAGGCGCGUAAAACUGGCAAAAGAAAAUUUGGUCGCAAAAGGCCUAGCGUGGAUCAGCAUUGUGUGCGAGCAUACUUUUUUAUUCUUGUUUUACGCACAUCCUUUUCACUUGUGAUAAAGAAAUUAUUCUUAAUAUAACAUUAAUGUGUGUUAUGAGCCAUAAAAUUAAUAAAUGGAAAAAUAACAAUGAUACUUAUUAAA